UCACACACACACAGACACACACACAAACAUACAUACACAAAUACACGCACAAACAACCUUAAUGGAAGAGUUACUCUGUCAGGCUUAGCAUAGGACUAUAAUUGCCUUCGGUUGCUUCAAGAGAGCCGAUACAAAGCAAAGCUAGCGGAGAGUAGUCUAGCGACUUUUUCUUGCACCAGCGGAUUUCCCCCUCUUCCCCUCCCGCUAUGGCUGCAGAUUCAAUGGAGAUCGACGACUCUCUGUACAGCCGUCAGCGCUAUGUACUGGGAGACACCGCUAUGCAAAAGAUGGCCCAGUCUUCAGUCUUCCUCAGUGGAAUGGGCGGAUUGGGAAUUGAGAUAGCCAAGAAUAUUGUCCUUGCUGGUGUUAAGACAGUAACCCUACAUGACACCAAGCAGUGUGAAGUUUGGGAUCUGGGCAUCAACUUCUUCAUCCGCCAAGACGAUGUGUUCAACCAGAGGACGAGGGUGGAAGCUGUUUUCCCAAGGAUAGUGGAGCUGAACCCUUACGUUCAUGUUGAGAAGUCUUCAUCCACUCUGGAUGACAACACUGACCUCAGCUUCCUCAGAAAGUACCAAUGUGUUAUUUUGACUGAAGCCAGCCUGAAUCUCCAAAAGAGAGUGAACGAGUUCUGCCACUCACAAGAGCCUCCCGUCAGAUUCAUCAGUUGCAGUGCCCAUGGGAUCUGCGUGAGGGUGUUCUGUGACUUUGGGGAUGACUUCGAGGUGUCGGACCCCACGGGGGAGGAGCCCAAGGAGAUCUUCAUCCAGAGCAUCACUCAGGGCAGCCCAGGGGUGGUGACUUGCAUGGACAACCGGCCGCACGGCCUGCAGAACGGCCAGUCCGUCCUCUUCAGGGAGGUCAACGGCAUGCAGGAGCUCAACGGCAGCACGCGGCCAGUGACAGUCCUUUCGCCUCAUAGUUUUUCAAUAGAAGACACAUCCCAUCUCCGACCCUAUGCACAUGGAGGUUUCUUUGCCCUGGUGAAAACGCCCAUGACGUUCAGCUUCGAGACGAUGGAGAAACAGCUGUGGGGUCCUCAGGUUCUGACCCCAGACUUCAGUAAACCAGAGGCACCGCUACAGAUCCACGCAGCCAUGUUGGCUCUGGACACCUUCCAGGAGCAGCAGGGGAGGAUGCCCAACAUCGGGUGUCUACAGGAUGCCGAGGUUUUAGUGAAGCUCACGGAGGAAGUCAACGGCCGGCUCAAGAAUAAAGCUCCAGUGAACGCUGAGCUGGUGCGCUGCCUUUCCCGGACAGCGAGAGGCGCCCUCCCCCCGUUGGCGGCGGCUGUAGGCGGCCUGGCCAGUCAGGAAGCGCUCAAGGCCCUGACCGGGAAGUUUUCCCCGCUGCAGCAGUGGUUUUACCUGGAUGCUAUCGAGUUGUUUCGGCCGCUCCAGUCUCUUCCCGUGGAGGAGUUCUCCAGCAGGGGCGACCGCUACGACGGUCUUAGAGCCUGCAUCGGAGAGUCAAUGUGUCUGGAGCUGCACAAGCUCAGGGUGUUCAUGGUGGGCUGUGGCGCCAUCGGCUGUGAGAUGCUGAAGAACUUUGCUAUGCUCGGCGUUGGAUUGGCAAAGUGCUCGGGAGAGGUGUUCAUUACAGACCCGGACCUCAUAGAGAAAUCCAACCUUAACCGACAGUUUCUCUUCAGGCCAUAUCAUAUACAGAAGCCCAAGAGCAGCACGGCGGCGGCGGCCACGCUGGAGAUCAACCCGGAGCUGCAGGUGGACGCCCACCUGCACAAGGUGUGCCCCGCAACCGAGGGCACCUACAGCGACGCCUUCUACUCCCGCCUGCACCUGGUGGUGACGGCGCUGGACAACGUGGAGGCCCGCAGAUACGUGGACAGUCGAAGUGUAUCCAAUCAGAAAGCUCUCCUGGAUUCGGGGACGAUGGGAACCAAAGGACACACAGAGAUCAUUGUGCCAAACCUGACAGAGUCCUACAACAGCCACCGGGACCCCCCUGAGGAGGAGAUCCCGUUCUGCACCCUGAAAUCCUUCCCAGCGGUCAUAGAGCACACCAUCCAGUGGGCCCGGGACAAGUUUGAAAGCGGGUUCACUCAAAAGCCCUCCACCUAUAACCUCUUCUGGCAGACUCACUCUUCGGUGGAAGCAGUGCUUCAGAGGAUGCAGUCGAGGGAGAGUCUGGAGGGGGCUUUCCAGGUCAUCAAGCUGCUGAGCAAGCGGCCCAGCCAAUGGGAGCACUGCAUCAUCCUGGCUCGCCUUAAAUUUGAGAAAUACUUCAAGAAAAAGGCCCUUCAACUGCUGCACUCCUUUCCUCUGGACACGCGGUUAAAGGACGGCAGUUUGUUUUGGCAAUCACCCAAAAGACCCCCGUCGCCUAUUGAAUUCAACUUGAAAGACAAUUUGCACCUCACCUUCGUCGUCAGUAUGGCCCGGCUGUUUGCCGGGAUCUAUAACAUCCCCUACUCCGAGAAGGAUCAAUGUGAAGAGUAUGUGGCCAGGGUUCUCGGCGAGGUCACCAUCCCAGAAUACAAACCCUCAGAGAAGCCAAUCGAGACGGACGAGUCGGCCAAGAAGCCAGACCAGCAGAAGCUGGCGCUGAGCAGUGAAGAGGAGAGGGAGGCCAUCACACAGCUGGAGGGAGCCAUCGCCGCCAGACACGUCAGCCCAGAGUGGCUGCAGGUGUCCCCCAUGCAGUUUGAGAAGGACGACGACGCCAACGGACACAUGGACUUCGUGGCGUCGGCGUCGGCCCUCCGGGCGAGGAUGUACGCCAUCGAGGCCGCCGACCGCCUGAAGACCAAGCGCAUCGCCGGCAAGAUCAUCCCCGCCAUCGCCACGUCGACGGCCGCCGUGGCUGGACUGGUGGCGCUGGAGCUCAUUAAGGUGGUCGGCGGCUAUGGAUUUGAAUCGUUCAAAAACUGCUUCUUCAACCUGGCCAUCCCCGUGGUGGUGCUCACGGAGACCGCGCCCGUCAAACGCACACACAUCAGGGACAACAUUUCCUUCUCCAUCUGGGACCGGUGGACCAUCUACGGCCAUGACACCUUCACCCUCUCUGACUUCAUCAGCGCAGUGAAGGAGAAGUACGGCAUCGAGCCCACCAUGGUGGUCCACGGCGUGAAGAUGCUCUACGUGCCUGUGAUGCCCGGACACAACAAGAGGCUGAAGCUGACGAUGCACAAGCUGAUCAAGCCGCCGUCGGAGCGCCGCUACGUGGACCUGACCGUGUCCUUCGUGGCCGAGGCCGACGAGGACGAGGACCGCCCCGGCCCCCCCAUCAGGUACCACCUCCACCGCCGGGCGGGCGGCGAGACGCCCUGACGACCCGGCGGGACCACCGUCGACAUCCUCUGACCCUAGCGAGCGUCUCCCCAUGCAUCUUGUUCUACCCACCAUUGCCUCGGCCGUUGCCAAACGCUCCCCUUGCCCCCCACCCUACACAUCACCAUCAAGGGAUCCAACUAGGGGGGGAAACCAUGGCCCUUAUAUAGCAAGUCUCCUCAGCAGCCCCUCGUAUAACGGUCCGGAACAAGGAUGGCCAGUGCUGGUUCCAGUGGUCGACAUCCUGUGUGGACCACUAUGUGACUAAAGUAGCACUUAGCCCUGUACAUAAUUUCUUUUCAAAUUUGGGUUUUCUACUCUGGUUUAAAUGCACAGCUCUGUCUGUAUCAAUGCCUUAAUUGAUAACUCUGUUGCGUUUGUGGCAAAGAGUCUCUCAACCGAAUACGUUUACAGAUGCCUUCAUCCAACCCUUAACAUUAGGUUUUUAUUUCAAAGCCCUGACAGACGGUAGAAGAGGAGCUUAGAGUGACGCUGAGGUCAAUAGGGAGACGUCAGUAGGAGCUUGUUUAACGGGACGAGGGAAUGCCGUUGUAGACGUGUUGCAGGUUAAUGGGCUUGGGCAAACCCACCAAAGAUACUGAUUAGAAGUGUGUCUCCACAUCAGCUGCGUCCCUGUGACCUCCACUGCCUGGUUUCUGACACGAGGGGUUUCAAGAAAGUGUUUAAGAUCGAUAGCAUGGUGGUUGUCUGUGCAAUGCAAUGUUUCAGUUUGGAAGAACUUUGGAAUAUACUUGAAUGGACUUGCUCGCGGUUUAGGUUUCAUCCCGGGUCCUUGGAAAUAAAUAGUUUUAGUUUUUUUUUAUUUAGAAAUGGGGCAUCUGUAACAGGAAUCACCACCAACACUCCUGCAUUCGUGGAAAAAUAUUUUUUUCUUUUAAAUUCAGUCAAACACAAUGUUGUCGACCACGUCACUGGAAGUUUGUCCAAUGACAUUUAUUUGUAGUUUUUUCUGUCACCAUGUUGUUUGAGACCGCGCCUCUUAAACAUCUGUCCAGCCGUGGUGUGCUGGUUAAGUGUUCAACAGUUAGAGGGCACCUAUUUAACCAGUGUGUGUGGUCAGUGUGAUUAGCCAUCGCAAGCCAUUUCAGAAUCGGCCUUGCCCUGUAUCAUAGUCACAUCACAAGUGGCAGGCUCGUCCAUCAGUUAUACAUUCAGGUGGACCCUCCAACUUGUGAUGUCACCAAGUCACAGGGCAGAUUUAGAAAUGGCUUUCAAUGGCUAAUCACUCGCACCUGGUGGUUAAAUGAGGGCAAUUUAUCAGUCAACCCCAGCACUAAAGGCAUUGUCUAAAUCAAGACCGCUCUCCUGGUUCAGGUUCCCAGAAAUGUUCUUCUUUUAACUUGGCUUGUGAUUGAACUAAGUUAAUCUCUGGUCUUGGGUUUCAUUGAAAUAUCCACUCUAAAUGAUUGAUCUUCAGUUGAUCUAGGUCGCACAAAAUGCUUCCCCUAUCGUAUUUAUUCCCUCCUUUAAAAAAAAUAUGAGAAACCCAAGCUGGCUAAGUUUGUUUUGCACAAAUAAUGUCUAAACGCUGACCGUGGUAGAUUUGCAAUUUAAUGAUGUCAUAAAUGUAAAAAAAUAUAAAUAAAAGGAAAUUCAAAACAGUGCAA